AUGGCAGACGCCGAUGCCCCAAAUACUUCCUCUGUGGAAGAGCAACCUCAGCCUUUCAAUGCAACCAAACUUGAACCUGCUAAGAAACGCAAGAGAUCAAGGUCGCCUUCUAAUCCUGCCCCAAAGCGUGUCGACUCUCGUACAGAAUCCGGAGGACAUGCCUCGCCUUCGAACUCUCUAAAGCGCCAGCGUACGCCGUCGCCUCAGCCUCAGCCUCGAAAGCAGAAGCGACCUGGUCAGCGAGCUCGAAUUACAGAUGCGGAGCGCGAACACAUUAAGCAAAGGCAGUUGGAACGCGAGAAGGAGUUAGAAACUGCGGUUGUCAAGCAAGGAACAAUUCACGAUGCUGUUAAGCAGCAUUAUAAUGCGGUUCCAGAGCGAGGCCGAGACUGGCGCAAAACGGACAGUCGUAUCAAGGGCCUUCGGAGUUUUAAUAAUUGGGUGAAGAGUACGAUCAUUCAGAAAUUCUCUCCAAACGAAGACUAUACUCCCGGAGCACAAGAACGCGGCGGUAUGGUUUUUGCAGAGGGUCCCCCACCUAAAGGCCUUCUGGUUCUUGACAUUGGAUGUGGGAAGGGCGGAGAUUUAGGAAAGUGGCAGCAAGCACCUCAAAACGUAGAACUUUAUGUUGGCCUUGACCCAGCUGAUGUCUCCAUCGACCAGGCCAAGGAAAGGCAUCGCCAGAUGGCAAGUCGUGGUAGGGGUGGCAGAGGUGGGAGAGGCCGGGGAGGAUAUGACAAUAGAGCGCCGCCCCGAUUGUUCCAGGGAGAAUUUUAUACGCAGGAUUGCUUCGGAGAAUCUAUUGAAAAGGUACCACUUGUUAGGGAUGUUGGCUUUGACCCCUCUGGCGGACCUUCAAGAUUUGGUGGUGGUGGAUUUGAUGUGGUCAGCAUGAUGUUCUGCAUGCAUUAUGCGUUCGAGAGCGAAGAAAAGGCGCGAUGCAUGCUUAAGAAUGUUGCGGGCGCACUGAAGAAAGGAGGCCGAUUCCUUGGAUGCAUACCCAAUUCAGAUGUCAUUAGUGAGAAAGUCCGGGAAUUCAACGCUCGCAUAGCUCCGAAGCCCGAUGAGGAGAAACCUGGGGAGAAUGGCGACGAUGCAGAGAGCAAGGCACUAGUAGAGCGGGAGGAAGGCGAGGCUGAUGACACUGCUGAAUGGGGAAAUGAUAUCUAUCGCGUUCGCUUUCCUGGCAAGACGCCAGCGGAUGGCAUCUUUCGACCACCUUUCGGACAAAAGUACAACUAUUUCCUCCAUGAGGCGGUCGAAGAGGUCCCUGAGUACGUUGUUCCUUGGGGGGUCUUCCGUUCGCUUGCCGAAGACUACAAUCUGGAAAUGCAAUACCACAAGUCUUUCGACGAGGUCUGGAAGACGGAGAAGGAUGACGAGAUAUUGGGUCCACUGAGUGAGCGUAUGGGCGUCAGGGAAAGGGGCCGCGGCCCACUUCUCGUUAGUGAUGAGGAGAUGGAAGCUGCUAGCUUUUAUGUGGCCUUCUGUUUCUACAAGGUGUGA